GCUAAGUAAAAGAUGUUAAUGCAAAGACUAUUUCUCAAUGUCAAGUACCAUAUAAGGGAUAAAGGGGAUCUAAAAGAGAGAGAUUGGGCGCAUGGCGGCGCCGGGGCGUUGUAUACUCCUGUAUCACAUGGCAAAUCAGGGUCCUUUUUUCUUCAUCUGCCUGCUAGCCCUGGGUGCCACCACCAACGGGGCAAAUCCAAACCAUUAUUCCAAGCCAUUUAACCGGAGCAGUUUUCCAGCAGGUUUCACUUUUGGUGCUGGCUCAGGUGCUUACCAGAUUGAAGGAGCAGCUCUUGAAGAUGGAAAAGGGCCAAGUGUAUGGGACACUUUCGCUAGAAAAUAUCCAGAAAGAAUUGCUAAUCGAAGUACAGGAGAUGUAGCUGUUGAUUUUUAUCAUCGUUACAAGAUUGUCCAAGAAAUGCUACAGGACGACAUAAAGCUGAUGAAGAAAGUUGGUUUGGAUUCGUUCAGAUUCUCCAUUUCAUGGUCUAGGAUUUUACCCAAGGGGAAACUUUGUGGAGGAGUAAACCCACUAGGGGUCCAAUUUUAUAACAACCUCAUCGAUGACCUUCUUGCCAAUGCUUUAAAGCCGUUUGUGACUUUACUCCAUUUUGAUCAUCCACAAGCUCUUGAGGAUGACUAUGGAGGGUUCUUAAGUCCCAAGAUUGUGGAUGAUUAUGUUGAUUAUGCGGAUUUUUGCUUUAAAACAUUUGGUGACCGGGUCAAGCACUGGGUGACCAUGAACGAACCAAAUGGGUGGAGCCUGGGCGGUGCCAAUGGCUCUGCUGCCUCUUCUCCGACCGAGUCCUAUAUCUUGGCCCGUCACUUGCUUCUUUCCCAUGCAGCUGCUGUCAAACUCUACAGGAAGAAGUACCAGGCAUCUCAAAAGGGAAAAAUUGGAAUUACCAUAAUAACUAAUUGGUUCAUACCAAAAUCCGAUGCAACUGCUGACCGCAAGGCAGCUUCCAGAGCUCUAGAUUUCCUUUUCGGAUGGUUUGUGGAUCCACUAAUAUUUGGUGAGUAUCCAAAGAGCAUGCGAUCAAUGGUAGGGAGAAGACUGCCCAAAUUCACCGAAGCAGAGUCCAAAAUGUUAAAAGGGUCCAUCGAUUUUCUUGGUGUAAAUUACUACACCGCAAAUUAUGCUGAAAAUGCUCCUCCAUCCAACACUGCCAUCGCUGCCAAUGAUAGCAGAGUCAAUCUCACAACUGAAAAGGAUGGAGUUCCAAUUGGCACACCGACUGCUGUGAGCUGGCUUUUCAUUUAUCCGAAGGGCUUGCGAGGGCUUAUGCUUUACAUAAAGGAGAAAUAUAACAAUCCACCCAUUUACAUUACAGAGAACGGGGUGGCUGAAGCAAAUAAUGCUUCAUUGACAGUAAAAGAAGCGCUCAAGGAUAGCACCAGGAUAAGAUACCUUGAUGGCCACCUAAAAUCCCUUUUAAAAGCAAUCAGGGAGGGUGUUAACAUCAAGGGUUACUACGUGUGGGCGUUUUUGGAUGACUUCGAAUGGACUUCUGGAUACACCCUUAGGUUUGGGUUCACAUACAUUGAUUUCAAGAAUAACUUGAGAAGAUACCUUAAAUAUUCAGCUUAUUGGUUCAAGAUGUUCCUCCUUCAUUAACUCUGCGACCUGUUGGAAUAUAUUACUCUCCUCAAUGCAGUUGGUUGCUGUGUGCGGACUUGUUUUUUGCUUGAGUUAUUAUUAUUUCAACUUCCUUGUUUUUUGUCAUCAUUUUGACCUCCUUUCCUCUUUGAUUCUUUAUUAAGACCAGACAUUGACUCUGCUAAAUUAUAGAGAAAAUCUUUGAAAUUACUAUUUCCUGCAGCCCACUCAGACUUGGUUCAAAUGGUAGGAUGAUGUAAGAUGGAUAUUCUAGGUUCAAACUUUUGGUGAUUUCCUCUUGAGCAAAAACCAGGAAAAAGAACAAAAUCAGUGGCAAAUUUUUUUUUUUCAUUAUUGGUACCUGCAUUGGCAGCACAUCAUGCUAUUUGUCAACUGUCCCAAAUAAAUUCCUUUGCCAUCACAACACAAAAUUUGAAGUGUAAAAUAAUAAUAAAGUUUGCACAAUGGAGGCAUCUUCUAUGUGACAAUUUCUACCAAGUGCGGGAGGUAUCACCUCCCACAAAAAAAAAAAAAAAAAAAA